UCAAUUAGUAAUGGUUUCUUAUUGUCCCAUUAGUCUCUCUUACAUCUUCCUACUCUUCACUACUAUACCUUUUGUAAGAGCAUCCCCUCCAUUAGAUGCAUUGCUCGACAACGGGAGCUUCGAAGAGGGCCCGAACCCGUCAAACCUAAAGAAGACGGUGAUAGUCGGGAGGCAUUCCCUCCCGAAAUGGGAAAUCUCCGGCAUCGUCGAGUACGUCUCCGGCGGGCCCCAGCCCGGCGGGUUCUAUUUCGCGGUCCCAAGGGGGGUCCAUGCUGUGCGCCUCGGCAACGAUGCAUCCGUCUCCCAAUAUGUGCGGGACCUUAAGGCCGGGACCAUCUAUAGCCUCACGUUCGGGGCGACGAGGACUUGCGCCCAAAACGAGGUUUUAAGGGUGUCUGUUCCGGGCAUGUCGAGCGAUUUGCCGAUACAAACGUUGUACAGUAGCGACGGCGGCGAUACGUACGCUUGGAGUUUUCGAGCAAGCGGCGCGAUUGUUAAGGUUACUUUUCAUAAUCCCGGGAUGCAAGAAGAUCCCGCUUGCGGACCGCUCAUAGACGCCGUUGCUAUUAAGGAAAUGUUGCCGGCUUCUUACACCAGAGGAAAUCUCGUGAAAAACGGAGGUUUCGAGAUCGGUCCUCAUGUCUUCAAAAAUUACUCGACGGGCAUCCUCGUACUCCCCAAACGUAAAGACAUGUACUCCCCGAUCCCGGGAUGGAUAAUCGAGUCCAUCAAGCCCGUAAAAUACAUCGACUCGAAGCACUUCAACGUGCCCUCAGGGGUAGGGGCGGUCGAGCUCGUGGGGGGCCGGGAGACAGCCAUUGCACAAUAUAUUAGGACAACUAUUGGAAAAUGGUACAACCUUAGCUUUACCAUUGGCGACGCAAAAAAUGGUUGCAACGGGACAAUGUCCGUGCAAGCAUUCGCGGGUAAGAGCAAUGUGACGGUUAAAUUCACUUCCCGUGGGAAGGGAUCGUUCAAAAUGGCUAGUCUUAGGUUUAGAGCCGUUAAGGAGAGUACGAGGAUCGUGUUUUAUAGCCCCUUCUAUCAUACGAGGUUGCACGAUUUUUGGUCCGUAUGUGGACCGGUUUUGGAUGAUGUUAAGGUUAUCCGAUUUGCUUAAGGUUUCGGAAUUUUUAUGUGCCUUUAUUGUUCUCGCUUUUGUUGCCCUUUUGGAUUUUUCGAAUGAUCCGAAAAAAUUAUAAUAAAUUUGUGAUUUA